AUGAGACGCAAAACGCGAGGGACUCUGGUCAAUGUCGUGCUCUUCUGCCUCGUCCUCUUGCUCAUCCUUUAUCUGAACAUUGCAGGCUCGGGCCACGGCCCCAAGAAUUUUGCCUGGCGCACAGUGCGCUAUCGAACAACCGCCUCGACUCUCCCGUCGGGAAAAGGGGUCUGUCCAGGCCUUUCGGACACGGUCAAACCAGCACUUGUCGUCGCUCGAAUCAACACAGAUAAUACGAAAUGGCUCGACGGACUUUCAGACAAGUACCAUCUAUGUGUUUACACUUCCGACUCGCCAGUGGACAAGAUUAAAGCGUCGAAUUAUCUCCAAGUGCCGGAGAACCGUGGCCAUGAGGCCAUGACAUAUCUAACGUUCAUCAUUGACAACUACGACGCCCUCCCUUCCACAGGUGCGGUUUUCGUCCACGGUGCACGAUGGUCCUGGCACAAUGAUGGCCCUGACUACGACAACGCCGCCCUCCUUGCUGCGCUCAACAUAUCUUCAGCCUUGAAGCCUUGGGGCUACCACAACCUUCGUUGCGAUUGGAGUGCUAGCACUUGUCCUCCUUCCGAAGCCGUUGCGCAGGGUAGCUUCGGGACCUCGAUCAACGCCAUGUUAGAGCCAUGGAACCAGCGACUCGUAUCUGAUGCUGCCCUACCCGAAGCCCUGACAGCGUUGUUCGGGAUGGAUGGAGACAAUCUCAAGACUGGAGUAAAGGUGCAUCUCGGCCGCCACGACGCUGUUCGGGCCCAGUGUUGUGCACAGUUCGUAGUCUCCAGGGAGAGCAUUCAUCGACACACCCGCGAGGAAUACGUCGCACUGAGACAGUGGCUGCUUGAUGGGAGUGCAAGUCAAAGAACCAAUUCCAAGUCUGCCCGAAACAUCAAGGCCGCGCCAUCAGAUGACCGUAUCGCCGGCCGCAUCCUCUCCUACGUCUGGCACAUCUUGUUCUUGAACUACGACCCUGUGAACGAGCACAUCGACUUGGAAAGGUUGAACGAGCUAGCCUGUCCUUCGGCAGAGCAGUGUUACUGUCAACUCUACGGCCGGUGUAAUCUUCCGCACUGCACACAGAGUCGCUGUUAUGGACAAUAUGUCAUCCCACCAGGUUAUCGCUUGCCAGAAGACUGGGCAACGACACAUGAAGACUAA